GGUGGUUCAACACUGAAUCGAUAUUGUUUGCAGUUACCAUCCUCGAUCGGUGUAUUGAUUGAUGUGUUCAUUUUCAAGACAAUUCGAGGCACCAGAAAUAUAACCUUCCUGCUGUUUGCGAUCUCAGUUGGUCUAACCGGCGACAUUCUAUUGGCUCUCUCCAAUGUGGAACUCUAG